UUGCAUUAACAGUAGAAUUAAAGGCGAUGAGCAAGACCAUUGUAGAACUCAGCACCCUCGGUGUCAGUGAAAAGAAGCAUGUCUUGGCAUACUUUCCCGCUCGUUCAGUACUCAAUCUGAGCUCUUCGUCUUGGAUGCAAGUUCGGCAGAGUGUGAUGUGGGUUUCUUGUUGCGCCCAUUAUGGUUCACUCCCCAUCCCCAACCCCAACCCACCUCGGAAACCCACUGCUCGCAUUUCUUCAGAGAUCCAAGAACACGUCGCAAAUCCUUCAAAUCCAUGCCCAGCUCAUCACGACCGGCUUCGUCUCCGAUUCUUUCGCGUCGAGCAAGCUACUCACUUCCCUGACAUCGUUGAACCCGCCCAACAUGGACUACGCGCGGUUGGUGUUCGAACGAAUUCACAUGCGGAGCGUUUUCAUGUGCAACACCAUGAUCAGGGGCUACGUCAGCAGCUCAAACCCGGACAAAGCUUGGAGCUUUUACGCGGGUAUGAGAAGGAAAGGCUUUGUGGGGGAUGAUUACACGUACCCGUUUGUGUUAAAAGCGUGCGGGAUGAUGAUGGGCUUGGGCGAGGGAAGGGUGGUUCAUGGGGAGUUAAUGAAGAGGGGAAGAUGUUGUCAUGUGUUCGCAGUGAAUGGGUUGAUUGGUAUGUACGGGAAGUGUGGAGAAAUAGGUUGUGCCCGGAUGGCUUUCGAUGGGGUCGAGGAAAAAGAUUCGGUGUCUUGGAAUCUAUUAUUGAGUGCGUAUGUAGGGCGCGGGAAUACAGAAGAGGCCCAGAAGGUGUUCGAUGAAAUGCCAGAAAAGGAUGUGAUUUCUUGGUCUAUGAUGAUAGAUGCUUAUGGUAAGAGAAGUGGUGAUGUUGUGAGGGCUCGACUUUUCUUUGAUAACAUGCCCAUCAGAGAUACUGUUACAUGGAAUUCUAUGAUUGCUGGAUAUGUCAAGGUGGGAGAUGUGAUGGCUGCUCGUGAACUAUUUGAUAUGAUGCCAGGGAAAAAUGUGAUAUCUUGGAGCAUUCUGCUAGAUGGAUAUGUUUCGCAUGGAAAUCCCCUGGAAGCAUUGAAACUUUUUAAGCAGAUGCUUUUGGAACAUGUGAAGGUUGAUAAGGUUGCAGUGGUUGGAGUACUAUCAGCAUGUGCCCAGCUGGGGGCGCUAGAUCAAGGGAGAUGGAUACAUAUCUAUAUGGAGAGGAAUGGAAUUGACGUUGACAUAGUUGUUCAAGCUGCGCUUCUCGAUAUGUACAUGAAAUGUGGGAGUGUCAAUGAGGCUAGGAGAACUUUUGAUAGCAUGUCUGAGAAAAAUGCCAUUUGCUAUGGUGUGAUGAUUUAUGGAUAUGGUACUAAUGGCUACGGAAAGAAAGCCUUGGAAUUAUUCAGGCAGAUGGUUUUGGAAAGAAAUGUUCGGAUCGAUGAUAUGCUUUUCCUGGCAAUUCUUACAGCAUGCAGUCAUGCAGGUUUUGUCUCUGAAGGUCUCAGUAUCUUUGGGCAGAUGAAAGGAGUUUAUGGUAUAGAACCCAAGCUCGAGCACUACAGCUGUUUGGUUGAUCUCCUUAGUCGGUCCGGUCAAUUAGACAGUGCCCGAGAAGUCAUAAAAUCCAUGCCUAUGAAACCCAACUGUGCUGCUCUCUGGGGAUCUCUGCUCUUAGCAUGUCGAACUCAUCAAGAUAUAAUGCUUGCAGAAGUUGCAGUCAAGAAGCUUGUGGAGCUAAAAGCUGAUGAUUGUGGGACUUAUAUUCUUUUAUCCAAUAUUUAUGCCAAUAUGGGUUUGCAGGAGGAAUCAUUGAGGGUAUGGAAACUUAUGAAGAACAGAAUUAUGGAUAAGGAAACAGGGAAGAGUUCGGUAGAAGUAAAUGGCGUUAUAAAAGAGUUUGUGAGUGGAGAGAAGUCCUCUGUAGUAGCAGAUGCAUUGGGAUGGAUCGUACGGAGCCUAUCCAGAUUGCAUUUGCAUGAGGGAUAGACUCGGGAAGCCACAGGCUGAGCUCUUCUUCUUCUUCCUCUUUUUUUUUUUUUUGGCUGUCCUCUCAGGAUAGCAACGCAAUUGAAAGAUUUUUCAUAAAUCAGAAAUGUUCUUGUGGGUGAGUUAAAGAAGCUGGCAUGGAGAUAACUUGCGUGGCACUUCUUUUAAGGCAGAGUAAUAUGGUGCUAGCCCAUGAUCACUAAAGGCAAUUCAAAGAUUAAUGCGUGUAUAUAUAGGUCUAAAACUCUUGUUUCUCUCAGUAGUUUGUGUGAUGAGAGCGUUGAACUAUCACUAGAUGCAGAUCAACAUGAUGUCGGCGAAGUUUAUCUUUCUGCAUCAAGAGAAAGCUUUUAGCAGUUGCUGUGAAGUCUUCUUUUCUCAUCAGUAGGUUUGGCCUCAGCAUAUGCUAAUUGGCCUGGUGUAGAUGCUGAAUCCGGUAGUGAAUAAUGAGAUGGUGGUGCCUCAAUGGAUGUCAUUAUCUCUUCUGACUCAAAGACCGCUUUUUUGUUGGAUAGGGGCCUGCAGAGGCUAGUUAGCUGAGAGAUCAUUACUAUUUACGUGGGGCUUGUUGCCAUAUAAAACCUUGUUGAUCCCCAGUUGCACCGUAGUGAGCCUGACGCAGAUCUGUCUUUGCUUCAAAGUUUCGUUUUACUGUCCCAAACGAUUGAUGAUUUAGUAUGUGAAGGUUUUCAUCUAUGAAUAACAGAGGAGGCCGAACA